AUGUCUAAUAUACAAGUGGUUGUAAGGUGUAGGGAAAGAAAUACACAAGAAAUUAAAGCAAAAUCACCAAUUGUAUUAGAAUUAACAAAUGAUACUUUUUCAUCUACUGAAUCUUAUAUUACAAUAAAUCAUUCAUUAUCAUCAAAUACAUCUUCUUUCAACAAUUCAUUCUCAGAAUUAAAUAAUAAUCAAAAGAAAACCUAUAAACUUGAUCAAAUUUAUGGUUCUCAAGCUGAUCAAUCUUUAAUUUAUCAAAAUAUAGGUCAACCACUACUAAGAGAUUUUUUAAAUGGUAUGAAUGUUACUAUAUUAGCUUAUGGUCAAACAGGUACUGGUAAAACUUAUACAAUGUGUGGUAUAGAUAAGGAUUGUGAUCCAAAUAAUAAUGAAUUAGCUGGUAUCAUACCAAGAUUAUUACGUGAAUUAUUUGAAAAUUUGUCAUCGACAACUGAAAAUGAUUAUAUUAUUAAAAUAUCAUAUCUUGAAAUUUACAAUGAAGAAUUAAUAGAUUUAUUACUGAAUACUGCAAAGAAAUUAAAAAUUCAUGAAAAAUUAUCAUCAAAUAAUAAGAAAUCAAAAUCUAUUAAUAUUUCAAAUUUAUCUGAAUAUUGUAUAAAUGAUUUACAACAAGGUUUAAAAUUUCUAAAAAUGGGAUUAAAUAAAAAAAAAACUGCUUGUACAAAUUUGAAUGAAUCAAGUUCGAGAUCUCAUACAAUUUUUCAAAUUAAAUUAAUCAAAAAGGAUAAUAAUAAUGAUAUUUAUCGAGUAUCUAAAAUGAAUCUCGUUGACUUAGCAGGUAGUGAAAAUAUUAGUAGAAGUGGAUCUAUAGUUAAAGAAGCUGGUGGUAUAAACCAAUCUUUAUUAACUUUAGGAAGAGUUAUUAAUUCAUUAACUGAUUCUAAAAUUAAACAUAUACCAUAUAGAGAAUCAAAAUUAACUCAUAUUCUACAAGAUUCAUUAGGUGGAAAUACAAAAACUACAUUAAUCGCAACCGUUUCACCAGCAAAAUUAAAUAUUGUAGAAACUGCUUCAACUUUAGAUUAUGCUUGUAAGGCUAAAAAUAUUAAAAAUUUACCUAUAAAUGGUAAUGAUUCAGAAUUAAUAUUAAAAAAGACAUUGAUCAAAAACAUAUCACAAGAAUUGAGUCAAAUGAACUUAGAUUUAAUUGCAUCAAGAAAUAAAAAUGGUAUAUAUUUAGAUCCUGAAAAUUAUAAAUUAUUGACCAACGAAAAUGAAUCAUUUAAAACUCAAUUAAAAGAAAAUAAUCUUAAAAUUGAACUGUUGAAUAAUAAAUGUAGUAAUUUAGAAACCACCAAAAUUGAAAAUCAAUUAGAAAUUAAUAACUUACUUAAAGAAAACCUAUCAAUAAAUGAAAAAUAUAACAAUCUAAAAUCAGAUUAUGAUUUAUUAUUAUCAAAAUUGAAUGAAAAAGAUUUAGUGAUUAAUAAAUUAAAUGGUCAAGUGAAUAAAGUCUUGGAAAAGUCGUCAAAUUCAGCAACUAUUUUGGUUAAUUUAUUAUCUGAUCAUUUAAAUUCAUCAAUUAAUUUACUAAAUAAUACUUUAAAUUUAAAUAAUCAAGAAAAUGCAACGAAAUUAUCCAAUUUUCAAGUGGAGUUUAAAAAGAAGUUAAAUAAAUAUAAACAAAAUCUUCAGUCUUCAAUUAAAUCAUAUCAAUCUAAAGUUGAUUCGGUUAUAAACAAAGAUGUUCAAGAAGUUAUAUUUAUUUUCCAAUCAAAUUUUCAAUCACUCUUAAAAUUUCAUAAUGGUAUGCAUCAAAAUUCACAAAAUAUAAUUAUGGAUUUCAAAAUUAUGAAUGAAAAAUUAUCAGGAUAUUUGAAAGAAAAUUAUUUAGAUGAUUUGGAAAAUAAUUUAAAUAUAAAUUUAAAAAAUUUAUUAAAUACUGAAUUCCCACCAAUGAUUGAAAAGUUUAGGCUAUUGAUGAAUCAAGAACUUACUAAACUGAUAAAUAAUGUAAUGAAUCAAUAUGAAAAAGUAGCUAGUGAUGAAAUUUUAAAAGAGAAGGAGAAUAUAUUAAAGAUGGAACUGAACUGGCAUGAAGGAAUAAGGAGUAUCCUACCAAAUUUUGAAAAUAAUUUGUUGAAACAAGAUGAAUUAUUCAAAUCAACUGAAGAUAAUAUUAAACAUAUAAAUAUUAAAAAAUUUGAAAAAGCACGUUUGGAAAAUAAUAUAAAAGUGGAUAAUCUACCCGAUGUUUCACAAUUGGAAAAUAUAACUAAAGAAGUAUCAAAUACUACAAAUUUAUUAAAUUCAAACUUAAAUGAAAUUAAUGAAAAUCUUGUAAAUUUACAACUGUUUGAUGUUAAAGAUGCAUUUAAAGUAUCUCCAUUUAAAGAACGAAUUAUACAAUUAUCACAUAUGAAAAAUAAGACAACUAGAUCAAGAUCUCCAUCAAAAAUACCGACAUUACACAGAUCAAAAUCUGAUCUUGAUGAAGAAACUAUACAACCGUUUAAUAAGAAACGAAAGAUAUUACAACCAUUAGAUUCCAACUAUUUAUAG